AUGAAAAAGAAAUUAACCAGCAGAUCUGUUCGUCAUCCUAUUUCUCUUUUUUCUCAUCGGAUCUGGAAAGACAAAGUUCUUGGGGAGGACCCAUUUGGGAAAAAACGCAUUCGAUCAUCCGUCGAGAUCUGUUCCAAUACUGGAUUCAGAUCUGGCAAUGAAGAAGGAGAGGCUUAUGAGUACUAUCCCAAUCGUUCUUUAUUUCGGCCUCUAAUCACCGCCCCCAGCCAAUUGUCGAAUCGAAAGCUUAUUAAUGUGAAUGAUUGUAUCGGUAUAAUUUUGAUCAAUACGAGGAAUGCGGAGCAUAUAGAGGCUUUUAUCAACACAGAAGAUGAAAGCCAAGAUCUUUAAGUAAGAAUGGAUGUCUCUAACUUGACAAAUGUACCAGGGUAAACCAUUGACGAAGAGUAUAUCAUGGAGAACCAAGAGGAUGAUAAAGAGUUAACAUCUUUUAUUGUUUAUUCCCGAAAAGUAUUUAGUUUUCUAGUUUUAUGUUUUGAAUGAUUAUUGGGACAAUGUUUCGAAUUAUUAAAUCUUGUGUAAUAUAUUUUUGUUUUAAAUAGGGAGAAUAUUUUUGUAAGACAGGU